GUCCGUUGCUCUUAUGGUUCCGGUAGACACAGAGUGACGCCCAUGCGGAGGAGGAGGUCACAUCCCACAACAAACUCUCAUCCUGGUCGCGAACUCACCUGUCAGAGUCCCUCAUGCUGCUGGUUCGGCGUUCGGCAGUAGGUUUCGGCGGUGUGGCUCGAUGGGGACUGCGCUGUCUAUGCUCCGGUGACGCAGCGGGCCGGUACCGGGACACUGUGCUGCUGCCCCGCACCGACUUCCCCAUGAGAGUGAACGGGCCGAAUCUACUGGAGCGAGAGAUCCAGAUCCAGCAGAAAUGUGGUUUUGACCAGCUGUACACAUGGCAGAGAGAGAAAAAAGCUAAAAAGGAGUACUGCCUUCAUGAUGGACCACCGUAUGCCAAUGGGGACCCGCAUGUUGGACAUGCUCUCAAUAAGAGAAAAAAAUUGUACUCUGUAGUGAAGCGAGCUGAUAAUGAGCAGCUCCUCCUAGUGGCCUCAGAGCGCAUCAACAGCCUCGCCUCUAUACUGAAGACAAAUCUAGAAAGUUUGGCUACAUUCACAGGGUCAGACCUCGAAGGUGGAGUCUGUCAGCAUCCCACAAUUCCUUCAAAACAAGUGCCUUUGUUGCCGGCUAAUCAUGUGACCAUGACUAAGGGAACAGGAUUGGUCAACACAGCUCCUGCCCACGGCAUGGAGGACUACAGUGUUGCUACACACUUUAAUCUGCCAGUAGAGUGCAUGGUGGAUGAGGAGGGCAGAUUUACAGAACUGGCUGGGCCUGAACUGCAGAAGAAAUCUGUGAUGACUGAAGGCAAUGCCACAGUAAUCUCAAUGCUGCAGGCAGCGGGUGCCGUUGUGAAAGAGGAGGACUGUGUUCACAGUUACCCAUAUGACUGGAGGACCAAACAGCCAGUCGUGAUCAGAGCCAGUAAACAAUGGUUUAUUAACACAGCCAGCCUCAAAGACAAAGCUAAGGACGCCCUGCAGAAGGUGCGUGUGAUACCCGAAUCGGCGAGGUCCAGUUUGUUGGCAAUGUUGGACAGAAGAACAUACUGGUGUAUAUCUCGGCAGAGGAGCUGGGGCGUCCCCAUCCCAGUGUUCUACCAUAAAGAUACUGGAGAGCCACUCUUAAACAAACAUUCAGUGACACACAUCGCUAAAGUUUUCUCUGAGAAGGGGAGUGACAGCUGGUGGACGGAGCCAGCAGAGACAUUUCUGACUCCAGAGGUUCUUCAGAAGAGUAAAGCAGGUGCGGUAUCUGAUUAUGUACGGGGUGAAGAUGUCCUGGAUAUCUGGUUUGAUAGCGGGGCCUCAUGGGCCGCUGUGCUCCCGGAAUCAGACCCGCGUGCAGACUCAUAUGUGGAGGGGAAAGAUCAGGUCGGCGGUUGGUUUCAGUCGUCUCUCCUCACCAGUGUAGCUGUUCGGAAUAAAGCCCCUUACAAAGCUCUGGUGGUCCAUGGAUUUGCUGUGAGUGAGAGAGGAGAAAAAAUGUCUAAGUCCGUAGGCAACGUGAUCGACCCAGAUGUUGUUAUUAAUGGAGGGAAGGACUUGUCUGUCUCUCCUCCAUAUGGUGCUGAUGUUUUGAGAUGGUGGGUUGCAGAGUCAAACGUGUUUUCUGAAGUUCAGAUCGGACCGAACACACUAAACGCUGCUAAAGACAGCAUCAACAAGCUGAGGAACACACUGAGGUUUCUCUUGGGGAAUCUCCAGGGUUUUGAUCCUCGUUCCCAGGCCGUGGACCCUAAACAAAUUCACUACAUAGAUCAGUUCAUGCUGCACGUGCUCAGAGAGUUCAGCAUGAAGGUAACGGAUGCUUACAGUGAGUUUGACAAUGGCCGUGUUAUCCGUCUGCUGCAAUCCUUCAUCACUAGAGAUUUAUCUAACUUCUAUUUCAGCAUCAUUAAAGAUCGGCUGUAUUGUGACCCUGAGAACUCCCUUGGUCGGAGGUCGUGUCAGACAGUUUUAGAAGAGAUUCUGGAUGGAGUGAGUCGUUGUAUCGCUCCUGUACUCCCUCAUCUUGCUGAGGAGGUGUACCUACACGCUCCUGGACAUGAUGAGGGUGACACUUUGUUUCGUAGCGGUUGGAUUAAGACCAGUUCUGUUUGGCGGAGGCCAGGACUGGAGGAAGCAGUGGAGGGUGCGUGUGCUAUCAGAGAUUCCUUCCUGUCUUCUAUUCCGGGACGUAAUGCUGCUGAGUAUGAGCUCAUCAUUGCCAUUGAGCCCAGCCUGUUCUUUGAGCUCAUGGAGUCUCUUCAAGAGGAGCCCACUUCCACCUGCUCCCAGCUGACAGAGCUCAUGAUGGCCUCACGCACGACUCUGGCAAGCUCUCUCCCGCGGGAUUUGCCAUCGGAUGCCAUCACAAGCACAGGAACCUUCCUCAUCAACCUGGAAGGGGGCAUGAUCCGGGAGGAGAGUACAUACAUCGUAGCUGCGAUGCCCACCUCUCUAUCACACUGUCCGAGAUGUCGACGAUACACAUCAGAUGAGCCAGACUGCCUCUGCCCACGAUGCCAGACCGUGCUGGAAAACGCCAAGUAAUCACCCUGACUGUUGCCUUCCUUCUCCUCCUCCUCUGGUAAAAAAGAUUGCAAGGGCUAACAUGGACCAGAAUGAAGCGGCGAUUGUAACAGGCAGAAAGUUGUCUGAAGGUGUGGGAGAGGGGGACCGUGUUUCUCAGGGGUCAGACGGGAGAUGAACUGUUAUAAAUGAACAAAGGAGGAAUUUGGAAGGAAAAACCAAACAGGAGAUUCAUCUGAGACAAAAACGUCCACAAAAAAACAGAUUCAGAUCAUACUUACAAUAUGAGCACUGACCUGGGAUCUGACAGAUUUGAAUAGUGCAGUUCUCUGCUACAAGUUUAAGCAAACUGAUUCAGUACACUGAAAAGGGCCUUGGUGUAUGUGUAUGUCCAUGCGUGCUUGUUUUUGUGGUGGGUGAAAGGUUUGGUUGACACGUCUAUCUUUAUUUUUAUGUAUAUUCAAGUCAUGAAGGGGUAUGUUUUAGGGCUGGGCGAUAUGGCAAAAAUGUAAUCUCGAUAAAUUUUUCCCAUAUUGAACGAUAACGAUAUAUAUUUCGAUAUAAGUUGUUAAUGCUUCCAGCUUUAAAAGAGUAUCC